GAGAGACAGGAACUUGGGAGAGCGUUCCUCGUCGCUUGUAUCUCUUUUGAGUUGAACGCAACAGGCUUUCUUUGGGCAGGUGGACAGCCGAAGUCGACAUAUCCGGCGCGCCGGCCGCGUCCGCCGAGAGAGAACGCGCAACGAAAAGCUGUCAAGGGAACAACCACUGCGUCGAUGAAUUUGUCGGCUGCACCUGGACCAUCAUCUUGCAUUUCUUCUUUUUUGGUGUCGCUCUCGGUGUCUCUUGGUCCAAGCGGGGAGAGACAGACAGAGCGCCGACUCCACACAUUGUUUCCUGCCGCGAAUUCUCCAACUUUGAAAAAGUGAGACCUCUGGAAGACCCCUGGCUUCCCCUCCGUCCGCCUCCUCCUGCCUUUCUCGUCCGCCGUUGUUCAGGGCGUUGUUCGCCUUUCUCUCCUUUCUCCCGGUCUCUGCGCUUGCCUCUCUUCGUUGCGUCUACCUCUGAGCGCCUCGCCCUUUCUCUCUGCUCUGUGUCUGUCUCCCUGCGUCUUCCAGGGACCUCAGUUCCUCUGCUUCGCUGUGCGUAGUUCCUCCGGAGUGGCGAGGAGCUUCUGCGCGGUCUCCGGCAUCUCCACUCCAAGACCUCUGCGCGCAGGGAGGAGGAAGCGAAGACGCAUGUUCGCGCCUGGACGUCCAGCAGAGAAAGACAACACCGAGGACGGUCCACAGCCAGGAGACGCGAAGUUGCCGACAGAGGAUAGCAGAAGCAACGCUCGGCGAGGCAACAGAAGGAGGAAGUAGUGGAAGAGAAGAAGAGAAAGUCGAAGAAAAGAGAAGGACGAAGAGGAAGAAGGGAAGACGAGGGAGAAGAGAAGAAGAGAAAGACGAAGAAUGGAAAUGUUCGUCAGAAACCAGGCACCAUGGGAGCUGGCUGGUCUGAUUCAAACAACCUCUACAUUUGGGUCAACAAGCCCGCUUACGCUCCAGGCGAGCAGGUGAAUGGAGAAGUCUUCUUGAACGUCGUGGAGGAAAUCCACGCGACGCGCCUCGCCUUGUAUCUCGACGGCGAGGAAGACGUGAGCUACGUCGAUUCCGACGAGUCGAGGUCGACUUUCGUCGCCGAGAAGAUGAUGUACUUCUCGGAAUCACAUGCGCUCCUGGUCAUGAACGGAACGCUCGCGACAGGCAGGUAUCGCUUUCCUUUCUGCUUCACUCUUCCGGCGUCCGUCGCACCGGACUGCAGCGUUACUGGCGAAGCUGCUUCCGGAGCUACGCAGGCACCGUUCGCAGGACGCGUGAGGUACAAAGUCCGAGCGCAAAUUGAGGAGGAAGAGAAGGGGGAGCCGAGCUUGAAGAAGGCUUCUCUGUCGCGCGCGGCGAGUGUGGCGGCGCUUGCCGAAGACAGAGGGAAAGAGACUUGCGCUGCUUCGCAUGCGACGGACAACUUCGAAGUCGUUGAGGUAUCUGCGGAGACGCCGGAGCAGCUCGCAGACCUGAUGAAAGCCAUGCCGCCCCACGGAUUUCUGAGGAGGAAACUGUCGAAAGCUGCAGAAGCGAAACCUCUGGGAGACCUCUUUCAAGAAAUCGAACUGGCGAUUGUCGUACCUGCGGAGGAACCGGAAGUGACGCUGUGUGAGUUCAUCGAGCAUUUCAAGUUGCUGCGGUGCGUCCCUCUCGGCACCCUGCGGGCGAAAGUCACCGCUGACAGGCUGUCCUGCUUCCCUGGAGAUUGUGUGACGGUGACUGUGGAGGUCGAAAAUACGACGAACAAGCAUAUUCAGCGGGUUGUGGUGUCGCUCGUUCGAGAAGUGAUAUUCUCGGUGGACGGCCGAGAGAAAUUCUCGGUGCGCGAAGUCGUUGCUUCGGAAACAAUCCCAGGACCACCGAGAGAAAAAGAUUUCAGAGCCUUCGGCCCUCAAAAAGUCAAAGUCAACGUCCCCACUGAAUCGCAGCCGUCGAUGACAAGCUCUUUGAUGCGGCUGCGGUACAAGCUGGAGACCUUCUUUCUGCUGGGCCAGAAGCCGUACAGGUUCUUUCUGGAUUGUUCAGUGUUGAAGAAGACGCCGACCGUGAAAGAGCACCUGACGAAGCUACACGCUCCCAAGGACUGGCACAAAGUUCCUCUUUUGCCCGAAACGGAUCUUGCCGUGAUUCAGCUCCGAGGCGCUCGCCCUCCAGUUCGCGGCGACUACAUCGACAUUGGGAGUAUUAUUUGUUGAAAAAUGCAGUUUUAUGUAUAAAGUGUAGAAGUAGAAGUGCACAGAAGUGCGACUCUCUAGAUGUGUAAAUAUAAACAUACAUGAGCAUCUAAAUGCAGAUUUAAAACCCCAUGCACAUGCAUUGACACAGUGCAACGCAUCUGGACUGGGAGUGGGCGGUGAAUUGGAGCGGCGAAUUAAUUUUGGGGCUUGUUGGUUUUCUCGGUCCAGAAGUUGACAACUGUGAAAGCUCUUUCCGGAAUUUUCCAGGUUUCUUUGGUUGCGCGCAUUGAUGGAUGUUAUCACGUUUUUUUUGUAAGUACGAGAAGGCGCAGCAGGUGGGCAAUGACUUCAGGUGUCUAGGCAGUUCGAAAGACAGAAAUGUACUUUCAGGACGUCUCUGGAUUCACAGUCGUGGACGCAUAUGUGUGUGUGGCGAUACAAAAGGAUGUACAUCGGUGUGUCUACGGACAUAAAGGUGCAAUGACCUGUGUCAACUUAUCCGUGAGAAUACAUAGGAAAGGAUCUGCAUGUCGCUGCGUAGUGGAACCGUUACAUGUAUGCAUUGGUAUCUAAAUGGAGGCGCAGCUGGCCUUCACCGUGCAUAUCUUUCAAUGAGAAGGUGUAUAUGGAUACAAAGAUACAUGUAAGAUGGUGAUUUUUUCGAUGAGUCUGCAAGGAAAAAUGCUUCGAUUAGGUAAGGGUGUUCAGUUCCACCGGAAAUACGUCUCAGGGAAGGCGCGAUGCUAAACGCUAAACAGAGACCACCGGAAGGUUGAGUGCCGACUUCAUCUUCCGCGCGUCCCCGCAUGCGCCGGUGAACAUUCACCGCAAGAGGCGCCGGGGCUCCGCGCUGUCGGCUGCCUGCAAGC